AUGACGGACCAUAGUGCAGUAACGCCUUCGUCAAAGAUGAUGCCAGCUCUCACGCCUGUAGGAUCCGCUGAGUCGAAGACUAGUAACAGCGGUAAGCAGUCACGGAAGAGGAAAUCAUCAAAGACACCUACUGCAUCCAAGUCAAGAAGAAGUAAUGUGCAGAAGAAGUCGCCAGAAACUGAUAUGAGAUGUGGUACCAAAAAGACGUCUCCACCGAAGGGAGCUAACCCAGAAGCAACACCCAAGAUUGUGCUCUCUGUAAAUCUGAAUGCCUCUAAUAACUCUACAAACUCUCGAAAAAGGAAACCGUCUCGGACACCAAGAACAGCAUCCAAGUCAAGAAUAACUACACAGAAGAAAUCGCCAAAAGCUAGUAGGGCGAGAAGUACCGAAGCGGCGCUUUCGUCGAAAAGACCUAAGGCACAAGCAACUCCCAAGAUUGUGAUGUCUGCUGAUUCGAGUGCUAGUAGUACUGGAAAUGGAUCAAGAUCUCGGAAGAAGGAUUUGUCUCAGUCUCAACUAACACCAUUUACCUCCAGAUUGAGAACAAAUAGGGCACAGCGUCAACCAUUUUCAUCCGCGAGUACUCCAUCAACAACAAAGAAAAGAACCCGUGGUAAAUGUCAAACACCCCAUGCCGCAGCGACCAUCGCUUCCCCUAAGAACGAGUCGAACUCCUUUGAGACGCCAAAGAUCGUCGAAUCACAGAUGUCACUGGUACCUGGCAGCAAAAGCAAGAAGCGGACUUCCAAAACUCCCAAAAAUGUGGACAGUCAACCACGUGCAAACAGUAGUUCUAAAAAGAGAGAAGAAAAAGUUGCGAAGACAUGCUUGAUGACGAGCGCUUCCAAUGCGAACAUCUCAGCGGAGCAGGAGACUUCUUUCCUGACCAAAUGUAGCCCAGAAAUUCCGCUUCAUGGGAAUAUUGAGGGAUCAGAAAAGAAACUUAUGCCCAAAAGCGCGAAAGUUGCUGCGAAAGCACAGCGCAAGCUACGAUCAAGAAGAAAAGCUUUCACCCCAGGGGUUCAGAAGCUUUCGAAAAAAUCGAAGAGAUCAGAAACCAUAUCGAAAACGAAGAAUGUCAAGGGAAAAAGAAAGUCAUCGACGAAGAACUAUGUGAUUUUGGAAGACGCGGUCGAUCAGUCAAACAAAAUUGGAAACGCAGAAGACGCUGCUCCGCCAGUCCACAAGAAUUCUCCUGUUCCACUCAGCUCACAGAAAUGGUCUACAUCUACAAAGCUCGGAAAGAGGAGAUCAGAUGAUAGCGAUUUCGAACGAGUUGUCACACCGCUCAUUGGGGAGGCUGCUGCAUUUGACUUUUGGAAUGGGAAUGUCAGCAGCGUUGUGGAAUCUUACGACAAUAAUUUCAUGUGCUUUGGCAAACCUACGACUAUACUCGGUUUUGAUGCUGGUGAUGUGAGGCGAAGUUGUGGGGAAGACGCUCAACAAAGCACUCUUUCUGCGUUUCUCAACUGUGCACGAAAGUAUUCCUUAUCCGAAGCAGAAAGCGUCUCUGUGGAUGGAGCUAUGAAAGAAGAUCGUAGAGCUAUGGCUGCUGCGAGAAAUCGUAAUCGACAACUCAUAUCGGGCUAUUACGUCUGA